UGCCAUGCAUUUCAUUUCAACAUCACAAACAAAAACAGUGCUAUCUAAGUAGCAUUCCUAUUAUAUCAAAAUUAUGGCUUUUUCUUCAUCUUUCAAGCCUAUUAUGACUUUGUGUCUUAUCUUCCUUGCGGCUUCCACAGGGAUCAGCACUACCAAUGCUCAACUUUCUACAAGUUUCUACUCUAAAUCUUGCCCUAAUCUCUUUUCCACCAUUAAACCUGUCGUUCAAUCUGCCAUUAAUAAAGAGAAGCGAAUGGGCGCCUCUCUUGUUCGCUUGUUCUUCCACGACUGUUUCGUUAAUGGAUGUGAUGGUUCAGUUCUACUUGAUGACACAUCUUCCUUCACCGGAGAAAAAACAGCACUCCCUAACCGGAAUUCGGCCAGAGGAUUUGAAGUAAUAGACAGCAUUAAAUCUGCAGUUGAAAAAGCUUGCCCUGGUGUGGUCUCAUGUGCUGAUAUCUUAGCUGUUGCUGCUAGAGACUCUACUGUUAUUCUUGGAGGUCCAACUUGGAAUGUUAAGCUUGGAAGAAGAGAUGCUAGAACUGCAAGUCUUUCAGCUGCCAAUAAUGGCAUUCCGCCACCAACUUCUAACUUGAACCAACUCAUUUCAAGAUUCAAUGCUCUUGGCCUUUCUACCAGAGACUUGGUUGCUUUAACUGGAUCUCACACAAUUGGGCAAGCAAGGUGCACGUCUUUUAGGGCACGUAUAUACAAUGAGACCAACAUAGACAAUUCUUUUGCUCAAACAAGGAGGUCAAACUGCCCAAGAACUAAUGGAACAGGUGACAACAAUUUAGCACCGCUUGAUUUGCAGACUCCUACUUCUUUUGACAACAACUACUUCAAGAAUUUGCUUAAUCAAAAGGGUCUCCUUCACUCUGAUCAACAAUUGUUUAAUGGUGGCUCUACUGAUUCAAUAGUUCGCACCUACAGUAAUGGCCAAAGCACCUUCUUCUCUGAUUUUGUUGCUGGCAUGAUCAAGAUGGGAGACAUUAGCCCACUUACUGGAUCGCAAGGAGAGAUCAGAAAGAAUUGUAGGAGGAUGAAUUAAUUAAUUGGAUUAAGAUUUAAUAAAAUAAAUUAAACUGUGUGCAAAAUUUUAAUUACUUGUAUUAAUGAGGUUUUAUUUUGUGAUUUUUCAUUAAGAAGUCCCAAAGGUGUUAGUGGAUUUUUAUAUGUACUGUUUAAAUUUUGCUAAUAAUAGAAAAGUUUGUUUUAGUAUUAA